AUGGAAUGCCGUAUCAGCGAUCUCACAGAGCUGGAUGGCCCAUUUGAAGGGGAUGAGAUGACCCCCAGUGUUUGCAAACGUGGCGGGCAUUGUGUAGAAGGCAUGAGGAGUCUGAUGUGCUCAGCGUGUGAAAGUGGCUGGCACAGAUCCAACUCUUAUACUCAGUGUGAACGCUGCAACGACGAGGCCGCCCUUCACCGUUCUACUAUUGCUCUGUACUUGUUAUUCUAUUCCUGUGCUAUAAUAGUGAUUACUAAAUUCACCGUUGAUGCGGCGGCUUCGAUUCGUCGACCCAUUCACUCUGUCAUUUGCAAAGUGGCCCUCAACUACUGGUUGGCUCUUUCUGUCCUCAAUAGAUUUGACAUAACGCAAAUCAAGAUGUACGAAUGGAAUGUAGCUCUUGGCGAGGCUCUACGUAAUGUAUUCGUACCACAGUGGGUGGGUGCAGUAAUGAAGACCAUCGUCUUCUGGAAGGGUGAGCUGCCUUGGAUCAGUGUUAAGGCAGCAAUUAUGUGUCUCAUGCCUCAUCAAAACGAUAGGUAUAUCUCUAUCGGUGUAUUCUAUCUAGUUCUGCCCUUCUUGUUACUAUCAGUUGUCACUGUACUAUCUGCUCUAGGUUUAGCGAUUCGUCGAGUAUGCAAGGCAAUGUUCAAGUUCAGUCGCAGUCUUGGCAAGUCGGGCCCUGGCCCUAUCGGCUUUAUGCGUCGUACCGCUCACAUGUCGGUCGAAGCCUUCUCUCGGAACCUCAACAACGAGCCACGCCUUCUCUCUAUAUGGCGGGUCUUUGACGGCGCCACCAUCGGCGUUGCACCACGGUUCAUAAGCUUUAUGCAUGAUAUGAUUCCUGUAUAUGUUACUACUUUGUAUUUGAUAUGGAGCCCUGUUACCGAUACCAUGCUAGAGCUCCUGGAAUGCGAAAUUUUCGAGAUUCCGAUGGCUAGUGGAGCGAAGAUGCUAUCAAGGAGAUGGGUUGUUGACCCGGACUUGGUUUGCUAUUCGGGUAUGCACACCUCCUUGACAGCUAUAGCCGUAAUCGGCCUGCUUGUAUGGACGGUCGGUGCACCUGUCUUGGGUUUAUACAUACUCUAUCGUGGUAGAGCUACGAGCCGGCUGAAUGAUGCGCAGUUCCUCAGAAGAUACGGCUUUCUCUACCUUGGCUUUGAGGAGCAUUGUUGGUAUUGGGAAGCCCUCAAGAGGGCACAAGCUCUGGCUUAUGGUGUGGUUUCUACAUGGCCGUUGGGAGACGUUAAAGCCAGGCUUGUCAUGUGA